UUUGACGUGAGGUUGUAGGUCUUAUAACCUCGAAGUGUGAUAAAAUUCUGCUUGCACGUUUUCCUUAGUGAUUCUAUUUUUAAUUGAGAGAAAUUCUUUCUGUUUAAUCUACAUUCGAUUGUUAGCGGGUGACUGAUCUUUUAGUCAUGUCGUGGUUAUUUGGUUCAAGGGCAAAACCAGCUGUGCCGCCUGAGGAUGGUGGGAGUGAUGGAAUCCCUUCGACUGCAGGUCAAAGUUCUGGAGAUCCUGGUCUCACCAAAGCCGAACGUAAAGCAAUGGAGGCGUAUCGAUUCGAUUCAUCGGCUCUGGAACGCGCUGCGGAGGCUGCGAAGACGCUGGAGCGAUCAAGACAUGCCCGGGAGGCCCUGGAAUUAUCCAAAAUGCAGGAGCAGACUCGGCAACAGGAAUAUCUUUCAAAAGUGAAAGAAUACGAGGCGCAUGUUGAGCAGGCAAAAGUAGAACAAAAGCGGAUUGACCAUGAAGAACGGCGGAAAACAUUAAUUGAGGAAACAAAACAGCAACAGGCUCGCGCUCAGUAUCAAGACCAGCUGGCCAGGAGGCGAUAUGAGGAGCAAUUGGCUCAGCAACAACGCGUUCAGGAGGAGAAUUUGAGAAAACAAGAAGAAAGCGUCGCGAAACAAGAAGCAAUGCGUCGUCAAACCAUUGAACAUGAAAUCGAAAUGAAGGAAAAGAAUCGAUUAAAACUGCUUGAGCACGAAAUGCGAGUUAAAGCAAAAGUUGAUCGAGAAAAUCGUGAUAUCAAUUUAGAACAAAUUCGCUUGAAAGCUCAAGAAAACCGUACUACCGUUCUGGAAAGUAUCAAGACCGCAGGAUCUGUUCUCGGCGCUGGUGCUGAGGCAAUGCUAACUGAUUGGGACAAAGUUUUAACUGCGGCCGGAGGUUUUUCAUUGUUGGCUCUGGGAGUCUACACAGCAAAAGGAGCCACUGGUGUUACAGCCCGUUACGUUGAAGCCCGCAUUGGAAAACCUUCACUCGUAGGAGAAACUUCUCGUUUCGCAUUGCUAGACAUUCUAAGGCAUCCAAUAAAAUUUGUGCAAAAUUUGAGGUCGAAACCAACUGAAGCUCUACAGGGUGUCAUCUUGAAACCAAAACUGGAAGAGAGACUUCGCGAUAUAGCAAUUGCAACAAAAAAUACCAGGCAAAAUCGUGGUUUUUAUAGAAAUAUUUUAAUGCAUGGUCCUCCGGGUACUGGUAAAACGUUGUUCGCCAAAAGACUUGCGAAACACUCUGGAAUGGACUAUGCGAUUAUGACUGGAGGUGACGUUGCACCUAUGGGCAAAGAAGGUGUGACUGCUAUUCAUAAAGUAUUCGAUUGGGCCCAGACGAGUAGAAGAGGUUUGCUUUUAUUCGUGGAUGAAGCUGACGCGUUCUUGAGAAAGCGAUCGUCCGAGAAAAUUUCCGAAGAUUUACGUGCAGCAUUAAACGCAUUUCUUUAUCGUACAAGUGAACAAAAUCAUAAGUUUAUGUUAAUAUUAGCUAGUAAUACCCCGGAGCAGUUUGAUUAUGCAAUCAAUGACCGUCUGGAUGAAAUGGUAGAAUUCACAUUACCUGGCCUAGAAGAGCGCGAACGUUUGCUUCGUCUGUAUUUCGACAAAUUUGUUUUGCAGCCAGCUGCAGAGGGACAAAAACGAUUCAAAUUGGAGAAUUUCGAUUAUGGCGCAGUUUGUUCACAAAUGGCGAAAUUGUGUGAGGGAAUGUCAGGACGAGAGAUUUCGAAAUUGGGAGUGUCAUGGCAAGCAGCGGUUUAUGCUUCUGAGGAUGGUGUGCUAACAGAGAAAAUGGUUUUGGAUCGAUGCGAGGCUGCAGUUUAUCAACAUAAGCAGAAGAUGGCCUGGCUAUCGGAACAAGAACGCAGUGACCACAAAACUAUCACAAAAGACACAGUCACAUAAAAUUAAUUUGUUUCUGAAUUUUCGAAGUUGUAAAAUAAGUUAAAGAGGUUCAAGAUAGCAAACGCUGCAAAACGGGGAUUUAAUUAUAAUUUUAAGUUUAUCUUCUAAUUCAUUUUCGAUGGAGAGUGGAGAAUGAAAUUUAGACUUAGUUGGGUUUCUCGAAUAUCCUGAAUAGAGUAAUAUUUCAGUUGUACUCAUUUCGAAAUAUUGCUUGCCAGGCUCAGAACCGGGUUGCCAAAUUCGAGCGGAGAUAUAACCGACUGCCAUUACUCACUCUCCACUUAAUUUUAAUGGCGAUGCAUUUUUACUAUUUCAUCGUUGAUUAGAAUGUCUCGAAAUGACAAAUUUUUUUACAUGAAAAUUGUUAUUGUAGUCGUGCACACUUUAGAAAAGAAAAAUCAUUCAACAGAAUUAAGUGAAUGUCAACAUCCAUAGAGAAAUUUAUAUUAAACUUCUCUUUGUUGAUACGAGAAUUCUGUGAUUCCAAUGCGUUAUAAUAUUGAAAUUAGUGUAAUUUUAUAUUUUGAUAUCAUACGCUGUCAAAUCUGGUCGAAUAGUUUAUCCGAAAAUGUUCCUUCUGUUGUAAGCAAAAUAUAUAUAAAAAAAUUGAAAUCAAA